AUUUUUCUUGAAUUAUUUUUACAAGAAAUUACUAUAAUAAUAUUAAAACAAACUUGUAAUAAGUAUUUUGUUCAUAUAAAUAGUAAUUUAUUAAAAAAUGAAUAACUUGUUGAGAAGAAACUUGUUAUCAAUUUACAAUAAUGCCGUGAAAUUAUCCUGUCGCUCUCUUGCGGAUGCUGCAACUAAGGAUAAAAUUGAUCAAUUAGUAAAAAAUAAUAAAGUUGUAGUAUUUAUGAAAGGAAUUCCAGAUGCACCUAGAUGUGGCUUUAGUAAUGCCGUAGUCCAGAUAAUGCGGAUGCACGCUGUUCCAUAUGAAAGUCACGAUGUCCUUUCGGAUGAAAAUAUUAGACAAGGAAUCAAAGAUUAUUCAAAUUGGCCGACAAUCCCUCAAGUAUUUAUUAAUGGUGAAUUUGUUGGUGGUUGCGAUAUUAUGUUGCAAAUGCAUCAAUCUGGAGAACUUGUUGAAGAGUUGAAGAAAGUUGGCAUAAAGAGUGCAUUACUUACAGCUGAACAACCAAAGGAAGAAGACAAAAAGUAAUAUAAUAAUUCAAAUAAAUUAUAGAUAGAAUUUGUAAUUAAAUUUGUGGUCGACUCAUUUAAAGUUUAUUCAUUAUUAUUAUUACUGAGUAUAUUGAAUGACCUGAACUUUAUUAUUUUACAAAAUAUUGAUUGCAUAUCUUUUAGUGCUCUACUAUUUU